AUGCGUUUCUCAGGAUUAUCAGCCGGGGCAGCGGCUCUCGCCCUUUCAACACUGGUUAAUACAGUAGUUGCAAAAGAGGACCCAUGCAGUGUAUUCGCCAAAAAGCGAGGAAACAGGACUCAAGGCCUAGAUGCAAAACUCUGGCUUGCCUGUAUCAAGAACGUACCCUUUAACCAGGACCGCUCGGAAAAGACCAUCCUUGGCCUCCGCAAGAUGCUUGGACUCCAGAGCAGUGUUGUCUACCAUCUUAACCCCCCCUCAGAACUCGAACUCCAGCCCUUCAAUGUCAAUAAGACGCUGGACGAGAUCGAGCAGAAGGUCAAGAACAAGGGUAACACCUACAAGUCAAACUGGGAGUUCGACUACGACCUCGUGAAGAUGUUCUACCGUUUCCGUGACGGACACACCCUCUACGAGCCUGCAUGCACGCACGGGUACCAGUACGUGCACCAGUACCCGGUCAUUGCCAUGGCGGACAACACCACCGGAACACCCGAGAUAUACCAUAUCCACAAGAACUACACCACCGGUUCGUGGCAACAGGGUGUGCUGGGUCAGAAGAUCGCCAAGAUCAACGACAUGCCCGCGGCGGACUAUAUCCGUGAUUUCACAAAGAACUCACCAGAGUUUUUCUCCUUCGUAGACCCGGAUGCACGAUGGAACGAGAUGAUGUACUCAUUGCCUGCCGGUGACAGUAGAGGUCGGUUUGCGAAGCGUCAGUUGUGGAAUGGCGAGGACAUCACCCUUACCUGGGCGAAUGGGACAAAGACAAAGGUUGAGUGGACACUCACGCUAUACCCUGCCAUGGUCAAGGAUGGAGAGUUGAAGUUCAAGGACACCAAGGGUCUGGAGAAGGUCUGCUUCUUGUCCAAGAAGGAGAUCAAGAAGAUCACACCCCGCAAGCCCAAGAACAAGAAGAAGAAGCCUAAGAAGAAGAAGGUUGUUGCCGCCCCCAAGAAGAAGAAGGCUCCCAAGAAGCCAGAGGGAUACCCGCAGAUCGCCCAUGCUGGUCCGGAGUACACAAUCAACUCCUUCAUCCUACCCAAGGACAAGAAGACGGCCGUUCUCACCAUCCGCAAGUUCUCCGUUAAGGCUAUGGACGACGAUAAAUUCAUCCUUGCCUUCCAGAAAUUCGUCAAGGACUCUAUUAUCCGCUGGAAGAAGGAUGGUGUUGAGCGUCUCAUCAUUGAUGUCACUGGCAACGGUGGCGGUAAGGUUAUCCUCCCGUACGAUGUCAUCACUCAGUUCUUCCCGCAGAAGGCUGCCUUCACCAGCAUCAACAUGAGGUGGAGUCCUACUACCUGGGCGUACAUGAAGUCAAUCAGACAGGGCAAGGCCGCGGAUAUCUUCACGGAUAUGGACGGCAAAGACUUCAAGAACCAGACUGAUUGGUUGGGCCCGCAGCCGGGUCCUCAAGGAGAGUACUUCACAAAAAGGUGGAAGCAAGAUUACAUGCAGCUUGCUGCUGACGACUACAAACUUGAUAUCACUCACAACACUACGCAGCCCUUUAGCCAUGAGAAUAUCAUUGUUGUCUCCAACGGUAUCUGCGCAUCUGCCUGCCACUCCUUCGUCGAGGGGAUGCAAGAACAAGGUGUCCGCACCGUCGCCUAUGGUGGCCGCCCCGACCGUACAAAGCUCAUGCAAGCCGUCGGCGGAACCAAGGGUGGCAAAGUUCUUCCUUUCCGCUCUAUCAUCUCCGGUCUUAAGAAGGGUGUCAAGAAUGCUACGCUCGUUGACCGCCCCUUCGAGGAGUGGUUCCCUCCCCCAAUCCCCGUCCGUCUCACUGCCGCUACCAUCAACUCCGAGAACAAGUUCCGCCGUGGAUCAGACACUCCAUUGGAGUUCACCAUCACCCCCGCCUGCCAGCGCCUUUCCAUCACCAGGGAGACCUUCACCGAUGUUAUGACUUUGUGGCAGCAGGCAAGGGACGCUGCCUGGGAUGACAAGGGUGUUCCAAAGAAGUGCAUGUCUGCGGCACCCGCUAUCCCUGGUCGCCCGACUACUAGCACUACAAAGAAAACAAAGAACCUCCCGUUGAAGAACCUUGGAAAGAAGAAGCCCGUCAAAAAGGUCAUCAAGAAGAAGGUCAUUAAGGGAAAGAAGGUGGUCAAGAAGAUCACUAAGAAGGUUAACAAGAAGAACAAGCAAGUGAUUGUUGGAACCAAGAAGUACUCGCUCACAAACAUUCGCAAGGCUGUAUGGGAUCUCCUUACUGCUGCUGGUGUCCGAUAA